AAGUAGUUAUCGAUAAAUGCUUUCUCUUGUUAUUUUACUUUGAUUCCAUUUGUUGCAAAUCAAACGUGAGCGAAAUGUCAAAAAAGUUUAAAGCAGACGAUGCUAGCCAAGCGAUCAUACAUAAACAGUGAAAAGAGAACCAAAAAAGAAAGACGAAAGCACGAAUGUAGCCGAGAGUCCACAAAAAACAAAUACAAAAUCUACACAGCCGCAGUUCAGAGCAACUCUUCUUGAUAAAAAGUUGCUUAAGGUUUGCUUCGUAUAUUUUUUCCCUUACAAAAACAGCUAUGGCAAACGAAGAGGCAGCGUGCGAAAGGUCGACGGUAAACAUAGCAUUUCGAUUUACUGACGCGCGGCAUCUUAAGUUCGUGGAGGCCUUUAGUCGCGAACCCUGUUUGUGGAACCGGCAUCCGUACUUGUGGGGAGCUCGUGUUGCUGCCUGCAAGCGGAUUCAAAAUGUUAUGAACGAGACAUUGCUUCACAAUGAAACUCCAAUUAGUUUGCAGGGUAUUAAGAUGAAGAUCAAGAACAUACGUUCUGUGUAUCAUCAGGAGCUAAAGAAGAUGAGAAUAAGCCCUUAUUAUUAUCCCAAAAGUUGCUGGUUUGAGCCAUUGCACAAAAUCUUAGCACCAUUUCUAGAUAAGAGAGCUGAUGGUGAUGUGCCCUUGGAUUCUCCCGUCCCUAUUCAUAAUGAGAAAACUGAUGAUAAUAAACACUUGAUUUCCGCCAUACCCCUAAAACGACUUCAGGUUGAGGAACCAGAAGCAAUUGGGGAAGAGAAAGAUGAUGAUGAACGGGAGUUUAUUUCCCCCAUAGCACUAAAACGACUUCAGGUUAAAGUUCCUCGCUUAAAGUCAAUUAGGUUUAUGCCGAAUAAAGACGAGGAAAGCACUGAAAUCAAGAUCGAACUUAAUGCUGAUCCAUUGGAGUUUGCUACAUUGAGUUCUGGUCAACCACUACGUAUGAUGACACCUCCAUUACGAAAUCCUUCUCCAAGCCCACCUCAAAUUGUGAAUGUCUCCUCGCCGCAAUCAGAGCAAAGAGAGCCUUUGCAGACUGAAGGAGAGGAUGAGUUUACGUUUUUCGGAAUGAGUGUUGCCGCCCAAUUGCGCAGAAUGCCUCUAUCGAAUGCAAUGAUCAUGCAAUCAAAGAUUCAGUAUAUGAUAUCAAUGGAACGUCGUAAGCUCGACGGCGAUGCGGUUGAAGCAAACUUUUUAUUUUAAAAGAGUAACUCAACUAAAUACAAUCAUAUGUUUGUAAAAAGGAAAGCAAAAAUCAAACUUCAAAAAGCGAAAUAAAUCGAAGCAGUCAAAACAUAAGCGCGGAGAUGAGCCUCUUCGCGUUACGUUACAUUUGCCCUUAUGAAACAUAAGCAGAAUUGUCGUUUGACUGCGUUUUCAUUAUUCAUCUGCUUCUAAUUUUGUAUUUUAGUUCUAAAUUCGAGUGCAGAUAUAGCGUUAGAACUAGCUCCUCCACAAAUAGUGUAUUUGUUUUAAUACUAUUCAAGUACAUUGGCGCCAUCUCUGAUGGAAAAUCGUUUGCGUUGUCAAUGUUUACAUUUUCGUUGAAUGGCAAUAAAGUAGACAAUACCAUCGAAACUGAGAUUUUACGAACCUAAUUUUGACUACACUAAAACCAGAUUUUAUACUAACAAUUAUUAUUUAUAAAAUUAAAUAUUGCCUAAAAAAUAUGUAAAUAUAACGGUAUUGCCGUUGUACGCAAUUUAUAUAUAUCGGUUUGAAAAAGUAAAACAUCAGCUGAGAGUAGUUAUCGAUAAAUGCUUUCUCUUGUUUUGUUUUGUUUUCAUUUGAUGCAAAGCGUAUACUACCGCUAGUCGAGUUCUACACAAAAACAGCGAAGAGA